AUGUUACCAAAAACUGGAUCAUUCGAUGGGAUUCCUAAAAAUUUCAGAGCAAGUUUGAGAAAAACUAACAGCGAAGACGGAUCGGACAUUUUCGAUUACAUGGAUGAGGGAAUUACGAGAAGUUCUUCACAAUUCUCGGGAAUCCUAACAAUUGCACCUUCUGUCGCCGGAAAAACAUCUGGAGAUUUUGGACAUCUUACAGCUGAAUUCACUGCUCCAACUCAAAAUGAGGAGAAACCACUGAAGAAGAAGCUUGUGGGAAUUCUCAAAAAUACGCUCAAGUGA